AUGAAAACAAUGCUGAAGACUCUACCGGGUGGUGGUCUGGACGCCUCUGCUGGGAAGGCUAGGCCCGAGCAGCUCAUCUUGCCUUACGAUCCCUCGUUCCUGCCUGAUAGCCUCCCUGGGCUUAUCCUUGACCUCUCGAGCUUCAAUGCAUUGACUGAGGUCGACCAGAGCGCAUCGACCUUUUUCAAUUGGCCAAAGACACCCAAUUUGAGUCAGUCGGUCGUCUCGCAAAACACAAGUCUGCAAUUGAGCCUGCCAUCCGAUGACAAUUACGCAGGAGGCUUGGGGGGCUUCGCCUCGGAUACCGAUACUGUUGGGGAUGGUCCGAGGUGCAUUGCUUCGGAAAGGAUCAGACCUUUUCCGCUCGACGAAGAGAUGGGUGUGAUUCUUCAAGCUGAUUUCGAGUUCGACGAGGACGGAAACAUUGUUGAGCUGGGAGCAACUCCCCAAGUUGGGAGUAUAUUACACAGUGUUGCUCACAGCCACCACGAAAGGGGGAUCGCGAGUGAUUUUGGGGUCUGUGCUGAAGAAGAUAUCAUCAUAGAUGAUCAGAUCAACAUGAUCGAGGACGGUCUCGGAUUAGGCGAGAAACCCGAGCAGAUUACCCGAGGUGCUGGUCAUUUGCCGGCCAGAUCAACACCUUUUCCCGACAUGGUUCUAGAUGACGAGGCUGCCCCAGAAGCACAUGCAGUGUCAAUGGCUCAGAAGCAAAGAGCCCCGAAGGUUAUACAAGCGGAUGACCAGAUCGGGCUAAGAAACAGUGAACUAGCUCACCUGAACCAGAACUUUGUGGAACUUAUGGCGAUAGCCUCGAAGCAAAAGUCGAAGAACAAACUUCCUACACUAUCGAAGAAGAACGCAGCCUUCUGGGUAUAUGGUCAGGGAAUUGGCUCUGUUGGGAAGGGAGUAGGCAAGUCUCAUGCGAAGCAUCCAUUGCAUCUCUUCUCAGGAGAGCAACUUUACAACACUCUUACAGCGACUGCUGCCAGUCUGAGUCCUAAGCGUGUUCACGACUCCAUAGAAGAUGAGGAACAAGAACAUACCGGAAGACGCGUACGAGCUAGGAAUAAUGGCCAGCCAGCUGAUCAAACGGAGUUUCCCAACAAUGAUGAUCUUUGGAACCAGGAUGUUGAGAUGGGUCGCCAUGCCUCGUCAGUACUCCAUGAUGAAGGCUCCUUUCAGAUGCCCUGGAAUAUUACAGCCUCUAUACAUAGCUCUCGACAGGGAUCCAUUGCUCGCAACAUCCUCCCCGGUAUUGGAAGUGUUAGUGACUUUUCAUCACACGGCUUCUCUGACACAGGUCUUUUAAGGCCACGCAGCCGCAUUACAAGCUCGAGCCCUCUUGCUGGACGUGGCUUUCCAUUCGAUAUCGAAGCACUUGACAACCUGCAGCUCCCUGGUCACGAGCUGGAGGAUGUAAACAUGUUUGAGGACUUUGACAUCUCGCAAUACCUGCACACAGAACCGGAAGCAGACCACGGUGGAGUCGCCCGUAACAACGCAGUCGAAGCUAUCGCGGCCGAACCUGGGCAUGCUUCUGCCAGCCUCCCAACCCACGGGGAUGACUCGCAGAGAUCCACUCUCGACCAGGAAAGUCUGAACUUCCUCGACUUCCUCAUCGCUAAGAUUGCAGCAUUGGCUCGUACAGAUGAGAGAGAUGGCCAGGACUUGAUGCGCCCAUCCUCAAGUCAUUUUAGUGGUAUCAAGCAAACAAUGCACUUUUCUUCCCUUCUUCCCCCCGCCAAGACAUCUCGCAUUGUGGCUACCCAAGGUCUAAUGCACAUCCUCGCCCUGGCUACCAAAGGCCUGCUCACGGUCCAUCAAGAUGAGGCACAGUAUCUAGGUGGUGACAAGUAUGGCGAACUCUACCUGUAUGGCGAGAUUUAUCUCAGUUUGCCAGAGAUCUGA